AUGUACGAAAAUGAGGAGGUCGCUGCGAGCAGAACCUCCGGAGUUGAUCGACGGAUGCCGAAACCCUUUCCUCAGGAUUUUACGGAGGAAUUGACCAACAGAGUGCUUCACAUGAGAGAGAAAUGCUCACAGUUUGGCAUGGACCGAAAUGGGACGAGCAAGUACCGGCAGCCCAACUACGGGGAGUACUACAUCAACCACAAGUAUCACCUCGCUUGGUGCCCCAUUUUUAAGGCCGGCGCAUCUUCCAUGAUGCACAAUUUCUUGCUGUUGUCUGGCGCAGUGACCGAAAGAGACAUCAAAAAGAUACUGAAGAAACAGAAGACGAUGAUCCCCAUGGCGAGGAAGCUUUAUCCCAGACCGUCCGUGAAGGAUCUCGCGGCUGCCACCGAGAAGGAUGGAGGUUCCAUCGUCUUCCUCAUCGUCCGGGAUCCCUUUCAGAGGCUAUACUCCGCCUAUCAGGANGAGGAUGUGGCGGAGGUCUUCUCGAGUCUCCCCGGAGACGUCCUUCAAGGCCUCAUCGAAAUCUACAGGAAGGAUUUCGAGUUAUUCGGGUAUUCGAUUGACAAGUACCGGCAGAAGACAGAUCCCUCCUCAUUGAUCUCCCAAGUGCAGAAUUAA